CGCAGGAAGACGGAAUUCGGGUUGAUGUUCCUGGCGCGAAGUCUUUAAGUUUACAGACUUCAUAAAAUCAGCACGUUACUCUUGAAUAUUAGUCUGAAUAUCAGACGAGUGGACAUCAGACAACACAUCUACACCUGAAGAUAAACAUGUCAGAGACGAAGCGGUGAGUUUUUAUCGUUGUUAUGUGUCAGAGGUCGCUGGUUUGGCAUCGAAAUCGAAAAUGGCGGAGGCCGGAGCGGAGCGAGACCGGCGGAAAAACGCGCCGAGGUCGGUGUGUGUGUACGACUGCCGCUCGGAGAGCCGCGACGCGUCGACGCCGACGCCCCCGACGCUCCUAGACACCGCGGAGCUGGACUACAGCGGCUUCCUGCGGGCUCUGAGACAGGAGUUUUCCCUGUCGGCAAAUGAGACUUUUGUUAUUAGCACGACGGACCGAAGAGAGAUCGACUCAGAACUUUACAAGGAGCUGGUGGAUGGGAAAACCUUGCACCUGUUGAAGUCUGUGGAUCAGGAGCUGACUGCGGCGACUCAAGAGCGGAUUGAGUUUCUGCCGCACUACCAUACUCUGGUGCAGUGUGGCAUGUACGAGUACUACGCUAGUGAAGGACAGAAGGCGCUGCCCUAUGCCUUCGCUGAGCUCAUCGAUAACGCGCUGUCAGCCACCGCAAGAAACACAGGAAUCAGGAGAAUUGAAAUCAGAUUGCUGUUUGAUGAGUCUCAGGGAGGACCUGCUGUUGUGGUGAUGGAUAACGGCUGUGGAAUGACAUCUAAACAGCUGAACAACUGGGCCGUUUAUCGUCUAUCUAAGUUCAUACGAGAAAACUGCAUAAAGAGUGAAGAAACCGGUUACGUGCGGCCGGAUCCAGUUCCACGCAGUCUGAACAGUGACAUCUCGUAUUUUGGAGUCGGAGGCAAACAGGCUGUGUUUUACAUCGGCCAGUCUGUCAGAAUGAUCAGUAAGCCUGCAGGCUCUCCAGAUGUUCAUGAAUUUGUCAUGUCUAAAGAAGACUUUGAGCGCAAGGAGAUGAACAGGGAAGACAUUUACACUGGCUUCAUUAGAAACAGGAAGCCUGCCGAUUGCUCACAUGUAAGUGAAAGUGAGGAGCAGUUUCUGCAGUCCAUUGUGAUGGAAGAAAAAGAAAAGCAGAGUUUUACUGCAGUUAUCAUCACUGGAGUCCAACAGGAACACGUCACCUUCCUGAAACACAAUUUCAGUCUGUGGACCAGAGAGUUGGCACAUACUUACCAUUACUAUAUACACGGAGUUCAUGGAAACGACCAAAGGGAAACGAGAAAAAAUGACCACGUCUCCAACAUUGACAUUCAGAUCAGUUUGGUGGAGCGCUCUCCUCGAAUCCCGAGUAUGUUGAAUCUGAGGGAGGUGGAUAAUGACAUGCAGACUCUGUACAUCAACUCCAGUUUUUCCACUUUUGAGUUUAAAGCCAUCGGCGCUAGAGACUCCUUUGUGGAAGGAUUGAUCCGUUAUCACCCGUUCCUCUAUGAUCAGGAAACAUACCCAGUGGAUCCAUAUGCAUUAGGUCCUUCAGAGGAUGAGGACGAAGACUGUUUAAUUUUGAACUCUGAAGCUCGGGGCAAACGUCCGGUCUUUGAGUGCUUCUGGAAUGGGCGGCUCAUUCCCUACACCACUGUCUCAGAGUUCGAGUGGUGUGCAAGGCCUAAGAAAGUAGGUGCAGUGCCGCUGGAGUGUUAUAACCGGAUUUCAGGAGUUCUCUUCGCCAACGACCGAUUCCAAGUCAGUACCAACAAACUUACCUUCAUGGACCUGGAGCUUCAACUCCGUGACAACAACACCAUUUUUACCAGAGUGCACAAUGGCCAGGAGCUGCGGGUGAAUAUUCAGAGGGAGUUUACUAACUGGUUAAAAGAAUGUCAUGAGCGCUUCGACAAGCAGGUGAUGUUUCAGGGAUUUAAGGGUUCGAUGACGCGUACAGAUGUGCCCACCAAACGGCAACAGUCACCCUGGGCUGUAUUCCAAGCCAUUAAGUGGGAUGGCAAGACUUAUAAGAAAGGACAAUGUGUGAAGUCAGUAAAGACGAACCCUGUCUUCGUUGGCUCUAUAGUUCAUUUCUUGCUCUACGGAGAGCAUGAAGGAGACGUGUAUGCCACAGGAGGAUAUGUCCAGAUUGCAUUGGAACCGAAGGAGUUGUAUGAUGAGGUAAGGAUCAUUCCCAUCUCUAAGAUCGACAGGCUGGCCGCAGCCGCAACCAUUAAGAAGAAAAUCGAAGAUGAGCUCGCAAAACUUCCAGACCAGCUGAGGGUUACGUGGCCUGAGGGAAAUGCUUGGGCUGAGGAUGGUGCUCGUCCGGCUGGCACACUCAUGGGUCCGAUUAAAGUGGAGAUUUUGAACAAAAAAGGAGAUCCAGUGUCUCGGCUGCCCGUGGCUGGCACUACUAAGAAACUGUUGAUUGAGCUGAAAGUCAUCUGGCACUCUCCUAAAGGAGACGUCCAGACAAACUCCUACAUUGGUGCUCAUUCAUCCAAGUGGGAAUACUGGUUCAAGUCCAUGGGGAAUCUCAGUAAGCUUGGGAAGUACACACUGCAUCUGCAGACCAUGCUGGGUGACAACUCUGCCAGCGAAUGGGCUGGAAAAAGACUCCCCUACUACACCCUCAAUUUCUCUAUUAAAGAAGGUGAAGCGAUAUCUUUUGUUCUAGGUGUCAUUUCAUCUCCCGUCCAUUUCGGAGUUCCUUUCAGUAUUCCUCUAGAUUUUAGGGAUGAGUUUGAUUAUCCCACCCAGCCACCCUGUGACAUUAAACCCCAGCUGGAAUGUAGUUCACUAGAGCUGAGUUAUGAGAGGAUCAUAUUUGGGACCACUUGUGUCAUCAAAAAUGUGAGGGCCAAGGGAAAGAUGAGUCAUCAAAACAAGAUGUACACAGUGAAGGUGCACAUCCCCGGGCUGAAGCAGGACAGCCAGUCUCUUCAAAUUGUUCUGCAACCUGGCCCUCCGCACACUCUUGUGGUGUUUCCAGAUGGUGAUGUGCUCUCUGUUGAGAAUCGAACUCCAGCAAACUUCAGAGUUGAGAUUCACGAUGAGUACCAGAAUAUCACCACUCAUCCUAAACUCAGCGUCCGCUGCCAGUUGCUGGGAGCCCCUGAUCUGCCCGUGGACGUUGUGGACUGCAGUAACACUGGCUCUGGAGUCCUGCUGACCAAACCACUUCUGCUGAAGACCGUAAACGCUGAGCAGAUCCUUACUGCUAAGUUCAACAUUCCUAACCACAGGACAGUGGCGUGUGUGGAACGUAAGCUGCGCAUCUUGCCCAGCUCACGAAUAUCCCGUUUUGAGGUCUACAGACAGGAAGAGGGCUCUGAGGAUGUCAUGGUGCUGCAAAACGGCGAGCGCAUUGAUUGGACGGCAGGAGACACUCUAGGAAACCUGCGCUUCAGACUGUAUGAUGAGGGCAAUAGACUGGUUUCCCUUCGGCCGAAACUCACCACCAAGAUUAAGGUGAAUUGGACAGCAGAUAUAAACGCAGAAGAGCUUUCUCAGGGAAAACUGCCAGCUUUAAGUGUCCCGUCUCAAGCACAGAGAGAGCAUUUCUACCUUGUGUCUUUCCACGACAAGCACACAGUCAACUUUUCCUUCAUCAUUGUGCCUCGUCCAGAUGAGCCUGAGCGCUUGCGUGUCAACCUCAGCGAGUCGACUGUGAAAAUGGGAGAAAUUAUGUCAGGAAACAUACAUGUAGAAGUUGUUGAUCAGUACGGGAAUAAAACAGACUGUCUGAACGCUGAAAUUGUGAAGACUAUGAGUGUGUCUGCUGAUGGUCUGGAUAAAUCAGCUCUGGCCAUUGAAUGGCAGGCCAGUAGUGGACUGUUGUCUGUAUGCGGGGUCCGCUUCGUGGGAGGAUCUCUUGGCCCGAGGGAGUUGUGCUUUAAGUAUCAAGACAUGAAGGAGUUUGUGCGAAUCGAAGUCACUGCGGGACCUCCGGUACUGAUAAAGCUACUGAAUGAGCCGGAGAUGCCUCUCCAGGUCGUGAAUGGCCAGGGCUUGGACGCGCCGCUGGUCGUGCUGCUGUGUGACGAAUGGGGAAAUCCUUCACCAGACCAGCGGAUUGCAAUCGUGAUGAAGACUCUGUUGCCACAGUUGAAGAUAAAGUCUUCGGUAUCAUCUCUGUCUGUAGAUUCAGAAGGAAAAGCUUACUUCAUAUUAGAAGCUAUAAGUGGUCCAAAAGGGGAGCAUCAGCUGGAGUUUUGGGGGUCUUUUAGCAGGAACAGGAUUCCUGGGCCUGUAGUAAAACUAAAUGUGAUUCCUGAUCCCAAUAAACCCGUUGAACUCUCUAUCGAAUAUGACAGCGCUGCCACCUUAUGUGCUGGGGACAUUUUCCCAGUGUUUACUGUGGUCGUGAUGUCUGAGGAAGGCACGCCAGUGAGAACCGUUUGCCCGGCGUACCUCUCGAUGCUGCUGUGGAAGGGCACGGCAUCAGGCCUCAAUCCACCCUCUACCUGGACUCCACCUUUAACUCCUGUUGUGUCCAAUAGUAACAUUCGGGCCAAUCGCACACUGCUAGACAGCUUGAAUCUGAAGAUCAUGGACCAGUACAGUAACGCUGCUGGUGAGGGUUUAGAUGGAAAAGUGAUUGUUACAGUUAAAGGCACAGGAGACGUGGUGCUUCCUUUGUUUGAGAAUGGAGAAACAAGUGUGGCAUACAGCCUCACUAACGGGGAGACUCUCAUUACUGAUUUGGCACUUUUGGAGAACAGUCCCGGUGUAGAUGGAGCCGAGUACAUCCUUCAGUUUAAUCCUGAGAUUCGGCAGACUAGUGUUACCAUCGCUGCAUACAGCCUGCCUUUCAGAUUCUGCAAUGAUGUAGAACAUCAGAAAGUCAUUGUGACUCUCAGUAAGAAGAAAGAUCGCCUUUCCCAAACCGUUUUGAUAUACCGGGACGUCUUUGAAACCAGUAAACAACUGAAAUCUGAACUUGAAUGUCAGGUGCAAGAUGCGACUCUCAAACUAAAUGAGCUCAAAGCAGAGCUCCAAAAAAGUGGUUUCGACGUCUCCGAACUAACCACGGUAUCGGCAAUAGACAAAGUUAUAAAUGGCAAGAAAGCAAUUUUGACCAAAAUGGAGAAUCAGCCUCAGCGUAAAUGCAGCAUUCCUGACCCUUUCAAAGGCAGCCCAAAGGUUCUGGGAAAGGUGGGUCAUCUGGCACAGGUGGAGGAUGAUGAUGCCGCGAAGGUGAUCUCUUGGCAUAUUCUGGGUGACAUGGACUGUGUGGUUACUGAAACUACAUCUGCUGCCAAGAGAAUCUUUGAUGAUACGCAAGGACGACAACAAGUCAUUCCCCUCGAGACGGUCUUCUGGAGACCAAAUGACAGGCCUCUGCCUCACAUCAGGAAUGGCAUGUUUCUCUUCCAACCCAUUGGUAAUCCUGUGUUUGUCAAAGAUAUACUCAUUUUUCCUGAGCACGUAGAAAGCUGCAAUAAAGUUUUUGCAAGUCUUCUUGGAGACACCAUACUAAUUGAUGACUUGGAUUCUGCUAAUGAUUAUCGUCGGGGGCUUCCUAAGAACACUAUGUGUCUUUUCAUACUCAUGGCUGGAAACUGUCUUGUAUUUGGUUGUGUGUGUGCAGAGUUACUGCAGCAGUGUCGUGUUGCAAUGCAGAAGGCCUCUGACGUCCGGUCUGAUUAUAACAGUCAUUUGGAGCACCUGCAGAGUCCUGAGAUGAAACAGAAACAACAAGAGCUCCAGCAGCAAGAGCAAGAGUUAAGAGAUCUUGAGGGAUCUCUCGCCAGAACUCCUGAGCAAAUGUACGCUGCAAGAGUGAAACGAGGACUUGAGCCGGAAACGCCCGAGCCCUCAGUCCCUGCUAAAAGAGCCCGCCGCAAAACACGCAAACUGGAUUCAUUGAAGUAACGCAAGCUGACAGCUGAUGCAAUGUUUUUUUUGUGAGUUUAUCCAGAGUGCCAAAGAUUGUUCCAUAUUUUAUGUUCUUUGCAAAUCUUUUUUUUUUUUUUUUUACUUUUCACUCGUUACAGACUUCUCUGAUUUAAGCAGAAAGCAAAAAAAGUUUAAUAAUUGGACUGUGUCCAUAAUAUAUUUUGUAUCUUUAAGAAAAAGAAAAAAAAAUGUUUUUACGCUUAUACCAAGUCUGGUCUUCUUUCUUUUUAUGCAACAAAACUUAAAGCAAUCACAUGCUCACCGAAAUCCUAUUCAGAUGGGUUUGUUUUCCUGACACUUGUCUAUUAAGUCCUGUGCAUACUUUGGUUUUUGCACACAAUGCUGUGUAGCGGAUGCAUACAGCUUAAACUAGCAUUUCAACACGUACUCCGUUAAAACAUAUGCUUUUAAAACACUGUGGUGAUGUAAUAACUGAUUUUUGUAAGUUCUCGUCACCCAGGUUCCCUCCACAAUAACUCGAUACGAUUUGUCCAUCGGCUUUUGGAGGAUUGCAGAAAAUAAGCUCUGUGACCGCAAACGUUUAUGACGCUCGCACGUUUUGUUCACCAUAAUAAUCUUCACAACUUUCAGAAAUUUUUAAGCUUAAAUACAAUAACCAGAUAUAAAAAGCUAAGCAUUUUCAGUCUUUAUUUAAAAGCUUUUCCCCUGGAAUUUUGAGUUAGAAUAGUUUGCAAGAGCGCGAUUGUAAACACAAUGAGGCUGUGAGUGCGACCAAUGAGAAGAUGAGUUUACAUGUUCGGUGUGAUCGUGUUUAAUGUCCUGACAACUUCUGUAGUCCCAUUUAGACACAAGUAAAAGCUUUAAUAAAAUCACAAGGUGGUAUUACUAAUGUAUUUUAUGUUGUAGAAUAAAACAUGAAA